AGCGUCCCUGAGUGGACUGUAGGUGGACUCACAGUAUUAUGUCACGGCCGUUCCGCGGUAGUGCUGGCUUCGCCAGACCGGAGAAUGCCCUGAAGAGGGCGGACGAACUUGAGGCGAUUGGCCAGAAAGCGGCUGCUUUGCAGACUCUGCACGAUGUGGUUUGCAGCAAGAAGCACCGGACCUGGUCCAAGACUUUUGAGUCCAUUAUGCAGCGCCACGUCGAACUGUGUGUGGACAUGCAGAAGCGUAUCUACGCUAAGGAGGCUCUUCUGCAGUAUAGAAAUAUGUGCCACCAGGUCAACAUCAGCUCCCUUGAGGAGGUCAUAAAGCACUUCUUGAAGCGCGCAGCGGACAAAGCGGAAGAAGCACAGGCAAAAGCUGCGGCUGUGACGCUGGAUGUGGAGGACUUGGAGGAGGGUGCUAGCCCUGAAGAGCUUAUGCUGAGCUAUGUCAGCGGCGAGAAGAACAAGGAUCGCACGGACCGCGAGUUGGUCACGCCGUGGUUCCGCUUCCUGUGGGAGUCUUACCGCAGCGUGCUGGAGAUUCUGCGUACCAACCCCAAGCUAGAGCCCCUUUACGCGAUGACAGCAACCAAGGCGUUUCACUUUUGCCUUCAAUACAAGCGCACCACGGAGUUCAAGCGCCUUUGUGACAUCUUGCGCCAGCACCUGACAAACCUGGUCAAUAAGUUCCGUGACCAGCGUGAUGCUGGCCCAGAGAGCAUGACCAUGCACUUGGAAAGCCGUUUCGAGCAACUGCGUGUUGCCUGCGAGCUGGAGCUCUGGGGCGAGGCAUUCCGCUCUGUCGAGGAUAUUCAGCAGCUCAUCGCGCUGACAAAGAAGACACCCAAGCAGCCGCAGCUGGCGUCAUACUAUACACGCCUGACACAAAUCUUCGCAGUGUCGGACAGCCCGCUCUACCACGCGUUUGCAUGGCUGAAGCUCUUCAGCUUUGCACGGCAGCAUGCGCGUGGCCUGCUGCCUUCUGACUAUCAGCAAAUGGCUACUUCUGUGCUGCUGGCGGCGCUUGCCAUCCUGCCCUACGAGCGGGGCCCGGCUGCGGGAACGCGCACGGGUGCCGUCGCUUCUGAUGCUGUUGCAGCAGAGCAGGAGAAGGACCGCGCGAAUCGCAUGGCUACUAUUUUGGGCUUUGCUGUGGAUGCCAAGAAGGACGCCCGUAGCCUGCUGACCCGCCAGGCCUUGCUAGCAACCAUCAGCUCGUCCAACCUGCUGUCUCUGGUACCCGCGGAGGUCCGCGCCAUCCACGACGCAUUGUCGCAGGACUUCAAACCGCUUGAGCUGUGCCAGCGCCUGGCUCCUCUCCUGGAGAAGCUUCCCGAGCUGGCGGCCACCCCGUUGUCUGGGGCCGCGCCAGUGAAGGUGGUGGCACUGGACAAGUACGUGCCUGCAUUGAAGCAGGCUGCCGUGUUGCGCUUGCUCAAGCAGCUCAGUGAGGUGUACAGUGUCAUGCGUAUCAGCGAGCUGGCUGCGCUGGUGCCGUUCUACACGUUUGCCGAGGUGGAAGCGGUGGUGGUCGACGCCGUGAAGUAUGAGUACCUGCAGAUGCGCGUGGACCACCGCAAUGGCACCCUGCACUUCGGUGCUCAACACGUGGAAAGCGACAAGAUCCGCGGCCAUCUGGCUGCCGUGGCCAAGCGUCUGGCUAAGGCCAUGGCCAUGAUCCAGCCGUCGCCGCAACCUCUGCCAGCGGUAGAGGCAGCGCGCCGGAAGGCCAUCAUCAGGGCAGCGCGGGACACGUUGGAGGGAGAGCACCUUAAGGCGGUGGCCCGCAAGAUGGCCAUCGAGAGAAAGAAAGAGGAGGCGGAGCGUGCACUGUUUGAGGCGGAGCAAAUGGAAGCCCAGCGUAAAAUGCAGGCACAAAGGGCCCAGGAGCAGGCGGAGGACAAGCGCCGCCGCGAGGAAGCAGCGCGUCGCGAGGCGGAGAGGCUCCAGCGCGAGAUGGAGGAGCGUGAGCAGGAAGAGCUGCGCGCCCACUUGGGUGCCCGCAACAUAAAGGUCAAAGAGGGCGAAAAGCUGGAGAAGACGGCCGUCAUCAAGGACCUUAUGUCGGAGCGUAUCAAGGAGCAGCAAGAGUUGGAGCGCCGCAUGGUCCGCCUCGCCAAGAAUUUGGACCACCUGGAGCGGGCCCGCCGUGAGGAAGAGGGUCCCUAUCUAGAGGCGGCAUGGAAGGAGCGUCAAGAGAUGGACCGUGCGUACUGGGAGGCUGCACAGGCUGAGGCUGCACGUCUUCAUCGCCAAGCCUGGGAAGUGGACAUUGAGGAGAAGAAGCGCCUAGCGUACAUGGUUCCGGAUAAGGAGAUCUUCAAGGCCCUUAUAAUGCAGCGCCGUGAAGCAGAAUUCCAGGCGCUGCGGCGCGAGCGGGAGCGCCGCAUGGCGGAGAUCCGCCAGCAGCGCAAAUAUGAGCGUGAGAUUGCCCGGCGUAAGGCCUACGUAGCACGUUGUCGGGCUGAGGUUGAUCAUCGCCUUCGGGAGCUGGAGGAGCAGCGCCGCCGCGAGGAGGAGGCGCGCAAGCAGGCAGAGGAGGCUGAGCGUCAGCGCAAGCUGGAGGAGGCACUUGCCAAGCAACGUGCUCGCGAGAAAGAGAUUGAGCGCAAGACAGAGGAGCGCAUGGGCCUGGGGCCGCCAGCUGCGGCUGCACCAACCGCUGCGCCAACCGCUGCCUCCGCUGGCGGUGGUAACAAGUUUGUGCCACCGCACCUGCGGCGUCAAAUGGAAGCUCCUGCUGCAUCAGGCGGCGGUGCGGCACCUCCGGCCGCGGCACCACCAGCAGACGAUGAUGGCAGCAGCUGGCGCCGGCGUGGUCCUGAAGCUCCGCCGCCAAGGGACUACCCGCCGAGGGAUAACCCGCCAAGGGACAGCUGGCGCACUGGUGACCGUGAUGCGCCCCCACGGGAUUUGCCGCCAAGGGAUGGACAGCCAAGAGACGCGCCACCAAGGGAUGGACCGCCGGCAACCGCGGCAGGGAGGUGUUGUGCGACGUUGCUGUCGAUAGUGUGCUGCUCAUUAGCUUAGCUUGCGGCUUUUCUCCUCUCCGAGAGCGUGUCAGCACAUGGGACUAAGUAAAUGUUCAGUUCAGUGCAAGGGAUGAUUGCACCUGACUGCUUAAGCGGUGCGUGGUUGCUGGUGCAGCUUUGUCAUGCAAGUACGUUUGCGGCUUACGAAACAGAUAAUUGUUGUUGAGGUACAUAUGGUCGGUCCCCUCUAAAGAUGAAGUUAAUAUCCAGAUUGGUGGCAUUAAUAUGGAUACGAGUGCCGUUCACCAUUCACAAUUACAAACGAAUGCGAAUUAGUAAUUUGAGCCGCGCAACAGGACAAAUUUCGGGUAUCGGCAUAAAUAAAACUGUCAGCUGGAUGCCACAUGGCCACCUUAACGUGAACGAUG